AUGACCAAAAAAUUAAAGGAGCGCCAGGGCAUGGGCGAAAAGAGGAAGCGUAUGGAGCCUGAGCCUGAGCCUGAGCCUGAGCCUGAGCCUGAGCCUGAUCUUGAGACCGAAUCGGAAUAUGAGGAAGAAGGCACUUCAUCCGGAUCCGAGUCCGUGCCUGACCCGGAAUCUGAGGUUGAGCCGGAGCCCAGAUUUGCAUCCCAAGAGGAGGACGCUGCACCAGAUUCUGAACCCGAGUCGAUCACCACCCCAUUUGAGUCUCCACUACUGGUACCACGUAUAAACAGCGAGCUACCGCAGACGAAUUGCUAA